AAAAAAUAUUACUAUUAUUGAAAUUAAAACCAAAACACAAUCAUUAUGGCUCCCAAUACUGAAAAAAUCGAUCAAGGUCAAACAGAAGAACAACUCGAUCUAGGCAAACUCGCUCGUGAAGUUGGUGCCAAUUAUCUCGUUUAUCCUGAUGUGAAGUAUCCUCCUCUUGAACCAUUUGAACAUAAAGAUCCUGGACACUUGGCUGAUCCAAAAAAGGCAUCUCUCUUUAACCAUGCUGAUAAAAUCUAUGAUCUUACUCCUCAUGUUGGUACCGUUAUUGAAGGCCUUCAAUUAUCCACUUUGACUGAUCAACAAAAAAAUGACUUGGCUUUACUUGCUGCUGAUCGUGGUGUGGUUUUCUUCAAAAAACAAGAAUUGAACCCUUAUCAAGCUGUUGAAUUUGGAAGAUAUUUUGGUCGUCUCCAUACUCACAAUUAUGCUGGUCAUCCACCUGGUCUGCCUGAAAUCGUUAGUAUCCUCUAUGAUGAAAAAAAUCCUGCAACUGUCGCUGCAAUAGAAUCCAAACGGACGUCUGAUGGUAUUCAUACGGAUAUCAGCUAUGAAAAACAACCGGCUGGAUUAUCUAUCUUGAAGAUUGAUCUUCUUCCUUCUACUGGAGGUGAUACCAUUUGGUGGUCUGGUUACUCUGCUUAUGAUCGACUAUCACCCGCCAUGCAAAAGUUCGUAGAAGGAUUAUCAGCUGUACAUACUGGAGAUUAUCAUAAAAGAUUGGCGAAACUUUCAGGUCGAACUAUCCGUAGAGAGUUCCCACCUGAUACUAUUCAUCCUGUCGUUCGCACUCAUCCUGUCACUGGCUGGAAAUCACUCUUUGUUCAACCUGUUUUUACAAAGUCCAUUGUUGGUAUGACGAAACAUGAAUCCGAUGCCAUUUUGAAUUUCCUUUAUAAUCAUAUCGCUGGUGGUUAUGACUUCUCUGUGCGGUUCAAGUGGGAAGAGGGAAGCGUGGCCAUUUGGGACAAUAGAUGUACUUUACACGCAGCUAUAUUUGAUUAUUUUGACCAGGGAAGAAGACAUGGUUACCGCGUUACUCCUACUGCCGAAGUCCCUUUUUAUGAUCCCAACUCGAAAUCCAAGAAACAAGCUGAACAAGAAGCGCCUGAAAAGGUAUCCUCUCGUCAUGAUCAAUAAUUUUUGGUAUAUUCAAGGUCAUAGUUUAGUCCCAUUGUUAUUAUUAUUAUAUAUCUGUACAUUUCAUCGGUAUGGAAUUUCUAUACAGUAUGUUCUUCAUGAACGUUCUGUGAAAGUCAUUUUUGAAUCAAUAAAACAAUCAUUUGAUCCGUCC